AUGCCUGGGACUGACGACUUUUACAUCUUCACCUCGCUGCGCUAUGACCCUAGUCUACAGCAGGUACCCAGCCGUGGCUUUCGACAUGCCGCAUGGAAUUACAAUCACGUAUCUCCCUUCUACUGCCUAGACCAUCACCGCGAUCGCCUGCUCCGAGCAGCCACUCACUGGGGGUGGCAGUCUGCCGUCUACGCCCUCACCGGCGAGCAGGCCCUCACGAAGCUCGCCGACUCGGCCAACGAGUUCCUCGGCACGGCGCAGAUGACGCCGGUGCGACUCCGAAUCAUCGUACACGCCCACGGCACAUUUGAAUUCCAGAAAUUCGACACCCCGGACGCCGCAUUGGAAAAUCUAUUUCCCUUGCGUUUGCCCGCACCAGGCGCCGCGCCGGAGAGCAUGGAGGCGGUGCGAUCCGUGGUGUUCGCCUUGCUCCGAGAUGACGUCCCCGUCCCGUCGUCUGAAUUUACACAUCACAAAACGUCGAAACGAGACAUGUACAACGAAGCACGGACGCGCGCCGGGAUUAAGAUGGGCGAGCGCAAGGAGGUGCUAAUGGUCAAUGCCCAAAGCGGCGAGAUCAUGGAGGGCAGCAUCACCACGCCGUACUUUUGGAGAAACGGUCAGUGGAUAACGCCGCCCGUCUCAGCCGAGUUCAGCUCCAGCCUGGGCAGCGGGGGCAACAACGGGACAUCAAGGCGAUAUGCCCUCGAAAACAAACUCGCGGUAGAGGAGCCCAUCAAGGCAGAGUCUCUGCUAGACGGCGAAGAAUGCUGGAUAAGCAAUGGUGUGUCUGGAUUCAUCGCGGCGCAGGUACAGCUGAGCAAAUAA